CCGUUUAACUCAGCUACCCUGAAGCCCUUUUUCUCUUCCACUAGGUGGUGGACAAGCACCACACUCACACACUUCCAUUGUCUGUUGCUACAUCCUGUAUACUCUCUAGCCUGUUAUCAAUGAAUCGCUUCCACAUGGCACAGAAAAACCUGAGCAAAUGAAUACAGAAUUGAAUAGCUUGUAAUUAACGUUACUGCACAUUCUGCAGAGACGUCACCUUUGAUCAGGCACAAGGAGAGUCCCCCGGUACAAGUCCACAGAAAGUGGAGGGAAAGACGUCCUGACAAUUCAGCAUGGCAGCCAAAGACAAGAUAAGACGUAAUAAAACAGCCAUUCAGACGACUUUGAGUGGAGACCGCAGGCUGAUCCUCAACAAAGUUCAUGAGAAUAAACUGAUAACUGAACGGGAGUACAACAACCUCAGAAGCAUCAACAAGGAAGACGAAGAGGGCCACGUCAUUGAGCUUGUGGAUAAGAUCAUGAACAAAGGAGAGGACCGCUGUCAAGCCUUCCUGAACCUCCUGCAAACUGAUGAUGAGAUUCAAGAGACGUUCCCAAACCUGAAGAACAUACAAUUGAAUGACGCCUGCCUUUUACCUAGGCCUGUCCAAGUUUCUUCGGUUCAUGAAAGUGAUGUUCUGCCACCAGGAAGCAAGAGGCAAAAGGAGGACGUGCAGUAUGAGUUGAAAAGCCAGCCAACCGGCCUCUGCGUGAUCAUAAACAACAUGAAUUUCAAGGAUGGGACAGAAAGAAGAGGAACCGACAAAGAUGCUGAAAGUUUGACAGAUGUGUUCAGCUGGCUGGGGUUCAGAGUGCUGAUGUGUAAAGACCAAACCAAGGACCAGAUGGAUUGCACACUGAAAUGCUUCGCUUCUCAGAGCGACCUCUCUCAGCUGCAGGAGUUCAAUGUUAAGGAGUGGUCUGGGGGUGAAUUCACUGCUCUUCAAGAGGCUCCUAAGCAUGGCGAUGCCUUCAUCUGCUGUAUCCUGAGUCACGGAGAUAGGGGUGUGGUCCUCGGGAUCGAUAGGCAGCCCCUCCCCAUCAAACAGAUAACUAGAACUUUCAAGGCGACUGAUCAGUCGACCCUCACCGGCAAGCCCAAAGUGUUCCUGAUCCAGGCCUGCCAGGGAGGGAAGAUACAGCGUGGAGUGUUAGUAAAAGAUCUGGAGGCUGAUGGCUGUCACUCAUCAUUCAACCCUGAAGAAGCCGAUGUUCUGGUUUAUUUAUCCACUGUUGAAGAUCAUCUGUCAUUUAGAGACAAAGUAAAUGGGAGCUGGUUCGUCCAAUCUGUGUGUCAGCAGCUAAAGGAAGGCUGUCAAAGGGGUGAAGACAUUAUCACCAUCCUCCACCACGUGAACGAGGAAGUAAGCCAGAAAGAGGGCAACAGUCAAAACCCCGGUGAAGUAAAGCAGAUGCCUGAAAUUAGGUCCACCCUGAGGAAGCGACUUGUGUUGUCUCCACAUCAGCAUUGAAGCUUAAACACCAGAAAUCAUGCAAACACAGUAUGCUUUAUGUCUUAAUUAAGGGUGUAUAAUUUACUCAGGGGAAGGGGUUUCUUAAGGUGUACUCGAUCUUUUUUAUCUUUCUAAAUGUUAUAUUUUUAAAUCAUCACAUUGAAUCAUUGUGUUUUAUAUUGUCCCAGAUUUGUGUUGCAGAAUAAACCUGCUUUUUGCUCAAAGUA